AUGGCUGUAGUGGACCAGGAUAUGGCCGAGAAGUUUUUGGACAGCAAUCCGGCCUUCGCCAAGCAAUACUACGACUCACACUUCCGCGCGCAGGUCAUCUCGAAUCUGCUGUCCACUUCCAAGAAGACAGAGGUGGACAUCAGCACGUACCACGAGCUGAACUCCGUGGAGGAGAGUGAGGUCAUUUUCGACAUGGUGCGGGACCUGCAGGAGCACUUGCAGAUGGAGCGGGCGGUGUUCAACCUCAUGCGCCAUCUGAGCUUCAUCCUGCGCUCCGACCGCAUGAGCCUCUUCAUGUACCGGCAGCGGAACGGCACGGCUGAGCUCGCCACGCGCCUCUUCAACGUCCACAAAGAUGCCGCCCUGGAUGACUGCCUCGUGCCCCCGGACAGCGAGGUUGUCUAUUCGCUGGACCAAGGCAUUGUGGGACACGUGGCAUGCGUGAAGAGGACGGUUAACGUGUCUGAUGUAACGCAGAGCACCCACUUCAGUGACUUUGUGGAUGCACUGACAGAGUACCAAACCAAAAAUGUGCUGGCCACGCCCAUCAUGAACGGCAAGGACAUGGUGGCUGUCAUCAUGGCCGUGAACAAGAUUGACGGCCCUAGUUUCACCGCACAGGACGAGGAGACAUUGCAGAAAUAUCUGAACUUUGCCAAUCUUGUUCUACGAGUGUUUCACCUCAGUUACUUGCACAACUGUGAAACCAGAAGAGGACAGGUUUUGCUAUGGUCUGCCAGCAAAGUUUUCGAGGAGCUGACGGACAUUGAGAGACAGUUCCACAAGGCGCUCUACACAGUGCGUGCUUUCCUCAACUGUGACCGAUACUCCGUGGGUCUGCUGGACAUGACCAAAACAAAGGAGUUCUUUGACCUUUGGCCUGUUCUGAUGGGGGAAGUACCUCCAUAUUCAGGACCAAAGACUCCUGAUGGAAGAGAAAUCAACUUCUACAAAGUGAUUGAUUACAUAUUGCAUGGAAAGGAGGACAUUAAAGUAAUACCGAACCCCCCUGCUGACCACUGGGCUCUGGUCAGCGGACUGCCCACCUUUGUAGCUGAAAACGGCUUGAUCUGUAACAUCAUGAAUGCGGCACAGGACGAAUACUUUGAAUUCCAAAAAGAGCCACUGGAUGAAUCAGGCUGGACCAUUAAGAAUGUUCUGUCCCUGCCCAUUGUGAACAAGAAAGAGGAAAUAGUUGGUGUUGCAACAUUUUUUAACAGGAAAGACGGAAAGCCAUUCGAUGAAAUGGAUGAAACUCUAAUGGAGUCCCUCACCCAGUUCCUGGGCUGGUCUGUGCUGAACCCAGACACUUACGAUAAGAUGAACAAGCUGGAGAACCGCAAUGAUGUCUACCAGGACAUGGUCCUCUACCACGUCAAGUGCAGGAAGGAUGAGAUCCAGAACAUCCUGAAUACACGUGAAGUCUAUGGAAAAGAACCAGAAGAAUGUGAUGAAGAUGAACUGGAAGAGAUUUUGAUGGAUGUUCUACCUGAUUCAGAGGAGUCAGAAAUCUUCGAAUUUCAUUUCUGUGAUUUUGACCACUCUGAGCUGGACCUUGUUAAAUGUGGCAUUGCAAUGUACUAUGAACUGGGAGUUGUGAACAAGUUUCACAUUCCCCGUGAGGUGCUGGCAAGGUUCAUGUAUUCUGUCAGUAAAGGGUACCGAAGAAUUACCUACCACAACUGGAGACACGGUUUCAACGUUGGCCAGACCAUGUUCUCACUGCUUAUGACAGGUAACCUAAAGCGCUACUACACGGAUCUGGAGGCCAUGGCCAUGGUCACUGCUGGUUUUUGCCAUGACAUUGACCACCGCGGGACCAACAACCUCUACCAGAUGAAAUCAGGGAACCCACUGGCAAAGCUAUAUGGCUCCUCCAUCCUUGAGAGACACCAUCUGGAGUUUGGUAAAACUCUGCUAAGAGAUGAGGCUUUGAAUAUCUACCAGAAUCUUAACCGGCGCCAGCACGAUAUUGUCAUCCAUUUGAUGGACAUAGCUAUCAUUGCUACAGAUUUGGCUUUGUAUUUCAAGAAAAGGGCCAUGUUUCAAAAGAUUGUGGAUCAAUCCAAAACAUAUGAGAACGAGGAAGACUGGACCAAGUACAUGAUGCUGGAGACAACCAGAAAGGAAAUAGUCAUGGCAAUGAUGAUGACCGCUUGUGAUUUGUCUGCUAUUGCCAAGCCCUGGGAGAUCCAGAGUAAGGUGGCGCUGUCUGUGGCGGCAGAGUUCUGGGAGCAAGGCGACUUGGAGAGGACAGUCCUCGAGCAGCAGCCCAUUCCCAUGAUGGACAGGAAGAAAGCAGACGAGCUGCCCAAAUUGCAGUGUGGUUUUAUAGAUUUUGUCUGCUCCUUUGUGUACAAGGAGUUUUCUCGCUUCCAUGUGGAGAUCACACCUAUGCUACAGAGACUGAUGAACAACAGGAAGGAGUGGAACAACCUCAAAGAAAUCCACGAGGCUAAGCUGGCGCAGCUCGAGGAGGCCAAGAAGGCCACAGAGGCCACCGUCGCGGCCAAAGCAUCCGUCAACCCGGGUUGUAAUGCACCAGCCACACAGACUAAGACCUGUGUGCUCAGCUAAAUCUCCGAGAGCCCAUACAAGACACACCAACUUUAUUUUUUGUUAGCAAAAUCGUUUCAUUAUUUUAAGUCAACUACUAAUUGAGGCCACGCUUAGAAGUUACUUGAAGUCUGAUAUAGACAAAUCCAUUUUACAAGCUUGAGGCUUUAAAAAGAUUGAUAUGACAACACUACAGUGUGCACACACUGCAUUCUUUAAAAUGUAAAGUUUAAGACAUGACAGUCUUAAUGUAGCUCCAAAAAGUGUUCAUUUUAUUUUUUAGUUUGCUCUAUAUUAGCCUUCCCCUCAUUCUUCAUGUAUACAGUCAAUCAAAAUCAAAAGUGCUAAAAAUAAAUCGGCUAAAAAAAACAACAAAAAAAAACCUUGUGCCCCAUUGGAGUUCAUAUAACCCAUCAGUGCGUUGUAGAUUUUCUGCAACAGCAGCUUUGUGCCUAGCAGAUUCUAUACACUUGGCUGAGUUUAUGUGUGUGCUAACUGUCCCACAGGGGACACACAUAAUGAUUUUCCAAAACCCAACACGGUGCCCGGAGGGUUGGCGGUGGUGAGGGUGGUGAG